AUGGCGGUCGCUAAGGACCCAAUCGGCACCAUUGCGCAGGUUGCCAACGAAACGCAGCUAUUUUCUGAGAAGGGAGCUGGAUCAAUAACCGAAGCAACAUCGAACCCUGAUAUUGAAGCCACCCCAAAGGAUGCGGCUCUUGAAAAAUGCAUAAUGCGAAAGAUUGACCUCUGGCUUGUUGGCUUUUACUCUCUUGUCUACGUCUUUCGGGUUAUUGACAGCGCAAACUAUAACAACGCCGCCAUCAUCAACCUAGAAGCCGGUACAGGCAUCAAGAAGCAGCUCGGGUUCACGCCUUCGCAGUGGGCAUGGACGCUUUCUAUCUUCUCUUACAGCUACCUUAUUUUCGAGCCGACCAACACGGUACUUCUAAAGCUGUUCAAGCCGUCAAGAUGGAUGUUCAUCCUGAUCAUGGCAUGGGGUAUAUCGGCGUGUUGCUCCGCAGCAGCAACAAACUUUUCAGGCAUGAUGUGCGUGCGAUUCGCAAUUGGUGCGGCAGAGGCUGGGUUCUUCCCGUCUGUUCUGUUUCACUAUGCUUUCUGGUACAGACCUGAGGAGAUGGCUUUGCGCAUAGCUUUCUUUUACUCUGUGGGACAGGUGUCCAGUGCACUCUCUGGUCUGUUGGCGUACGCAAUCUCAUACAUGGACCAACUCGGAGGGGUCUCUGGAUGGCGAUGGCUGUUUAUCCUUGAAGGUUUGCCUGCUAUAAUCCUGGCAUUCUUUGCUUUUGGUCUGCCCGACUACCCUGAGUCAGCGAAGAUCCUCACCGAGGAGGAAAGGCUCUAUGUGAAAGAGAGGCUUGCGAGCACUGCGCCCAAGGGUGGGUCACAUUGGGACUUCAAAUCUCUGAAAGUCAUGGCCAAAGACCCAACCCUCUAUACCUUCAGUCUUUAUUGGAAUUGCCAUGGUAUUGGAGGAUUUGGGGUGGGAUUUGCAUUGCCUACGGUGAUCUACAAGUUAGGAUUCACCAUUACAGCAUACUCUCAGUUGAUGAACAUACCGCCAUACGUCUCGGCAUUUUUACUGCUCAAUGCUUUGGGUUUCAUGCUGCAGAGGAAGUGGAUCAGACCUUGGGUCACUGCCGUGGGGAUUGAAUCAACAAUCAUCGUGUGUUACAUCAUUCUUCUUCUCGUUGAUAACCCGGUUGUCCGCUACCUCUGCUUGGUCGUAUCUGUGGCCUGCGCUGGUUGUGCGUACCCAGUUAUCUGGCCUGAACGAAUCAGGGCGCUGGAGGGAACAGUGGCAUCAGGAAUUGGCAUUGGCCUUACGAAUGCGUGUGCACAGUUCGGGGGAAUCGUAGGCCCGCAUGUCUUCAGCACGGUGUUUGGUCCCAGAUACCGCAUUUCAUAUGGCGUCAACCUUUCGAUUUUGGUGGUUGGCAUCUGCUCAAUUCUGAAAAGUUGGUUUCUCGUCAUCAAGAAAGAUCGGAAACGAGCUGCAGAACUCCAAGAACAAUAG